AUGUCUGACUGGAAAUUGGAAGCUUUGCUCAUGGAAAAAGUUUAUUCGAACUCUUUUCUCAACCUUUCUGCGUCCCACCUUGGAGCGGAAGAGGACAAACCUCUAUACGUCCCGCAACCAUGGGACGUUUUCCGCCCCACAAAAGCCACCGUGGAAGUCGACGGGCUCAGUAAAUCCUACUGGCUCGUCGACGGUGAUCUUUGGAGCGACGAGAUCGAGGAAACACCAUUGAUGCGAAGAACAUGGGUAUUCCAAGAACGUUUCCUAGCGCCAAGGGUGUUGCACUUUGGGAACCGACAGCUAGCAUGGGAAUGCAAUACACUCACAGCGCUCGAGAUGUUCCCCGCCGGACUACCUUCUGUUCUCCUGUCUCAAUCCAAAUCCGAGGUUCUAUCAGCGCUGAUGAAACACAAAAUACCGGACAAGUCUGACAGCCGUUCUUUCCGUGAGGCAUGGAACCAAGUUGUCAGCCAGUACUCCCGAUGUAAUCUGACCUACAAGAGUGAUAAGCUUGUAGCCUUCAGCGGAGUUGCCAAAAUGGUCGAAGCGCGCACUGGAGACGAAUACCUCGCUGGGAUGUGGAAAAGCACUUUGAUCUACGAUCUAGGCUGGUAUCGUACCGGUACCGAUAGUGAGACAUGGCCGUCGAGUACCACUUCUUACCGCGCUCCUAGCUGGUCCUGGAUGUCUGUUGAAGGGGAAAUAUUUCUCCCCUCCGCCUCUGAGAACGUCAUCGAACAUUUUGCUACGGUUUUGGGACACCCGACGCCUGAUCUCGUUGGGAGUUCGGUCUUUCACGCCAAGGGCCGAAUCGACUUGGAAUGUGUCACUCUCAGGUUGAACUUCAUCAAGUGGGCAGGGGACACAAUCGCCGAGUUCGGGGUCGCCGGCGUCCGUGUCAUCGACGAUGUCGUCGAAAGUGGAUCCCACCUGGACUUGGAAGGUUCCAAAGAAGAGGUAAUACGUUUGACUGAACAGAGGGGUGUCUACAUGGUGCCGCUCUUUGCUACUAAUUUGGCAAUUUUCGCCGUUAUGGUUUCGAAGGAACAAGCCCCUGGGCAUUAUCGGCGAGUUGGCGCUGCUAAAAUCGAAUUCGGGAGAAUACUUCUCACACCGGAGCAGGGGAUACCCGAGGGUUGGACUCAGGUUGGUUCUUCGCCGUAUGUUGUCCACAGUACCAUAUCUCGCCUUUAUAUUACAGAACCGCAGCGAAAGGAGGCGCAGUGUGUAGUGAGACUUAUUUAA